AUGAUGGGAAGCAUCACAGUUCGAUAUUUCUGUUAUGGAUGCCUUUUUACAUCUGCGACCUGGACGGUUUUGCUUUUUGUUUAUUUCAACUUCAGUGAAGUGACUCAGCCACUUAAGAAUGUGCCCAUCAAGGGGUCUGGGCCCCAUGGGCCUUUCCCCAAAAAAUUCUAUCCCCGUUUUACCCGAGGUCCAAAUCGAAUAUUAGAAUUACAGUUCCAAGCAAACAAGAUUGAUGAUGUGGUAGAUAAUCAUGUUGAAGAUGCAGAAAAAGGCAACAUGAAAUUCUCUUCUGAAUUGGGUAUGAUUUUUAAUGAACGUGAUCAGGAGUUGAGAGACUUGGGGUAUCAGAAGCAUGCCUUCAAUCUUCUUAUUAGCAACCGUUUGGGCUACCACAGAGAUGUGCCAGAUACAAGGAAUGCAGCCUGUAAAGACAAGGCAUACCCUACAGAUCUGCCAGUCGCUAGUGUUGUUAUUUGUUUCUACAAUGAAGCCUUGUCUGCUUUGCUGCGUACUGUGCACAGUGUCCUGGACCGCACUCCAGCCCGGCUUCUCCAUGAAAUUAUCCUGGUGGAUGACAGCAGUGACUUCGAUGAUUUGAAAGGAGAAUUAGAUGAAUUUGUCCAAAAACACCUCACUGGGAAAAUUAAGUUAAUAAGAAAUACAAAACGUGAGGGAUUAAUUCGGGGAAGAAUGAUAGGAGCAGCUCAUGCAACAGGGGAGGUCCUGGUGUUCCUGGACAGCCACUGCGAGGUGAACGUCAUGUGGCUGCAGCCCCUGCUGGCGGCCAUCCGGGAGGACCGGCGGACGGUCGUGUGCCCGGUGAUCGACAUCAUCAGUGCGGACACGCUGGCCUACAGCUCGUCCCCUGUGGUGCGUGGAGGCUUCAACUGGGGCCUGCACUUCAAAUGGGACCUGGUUCCCCUUUCCGAGCUCGGAGGGCCAGAAGGAGCUGCUGCGCCGAUAAAGUCACCUACAAUGGCUGGAGGACUGUUUGCCAUGAAUAGAAGCUACUUCAGUGAACUUGGGCAAUAUGACAGUGGCAUGGAUAUCUGGGGAGGAGAAAACUUGGAAAUAUCAUUUCGGAUCUGGAUGUGUGGGGGUAAGCUCUCCAUCAUCCCUUGCUCCAGAGUUGGACACAUUUUCCGGAAAAGACGACCCUACGGUUCCCCCGAAGGCCAGGACACCAUGACACACAACUCCUUGAGGCUGGCACACGUUUGGCUGGACGAAUAUAAGGAGCAGUAUUUUUCCUUAAGACCUGAUCUGAGGACAAGAAGCUAUGGGAAUGUCAGUGAGCGCGUGGAACUGAGGAAGAAGUUGGGCUGUAAAUCAUUUAAGUGGUAUCUGGAUAACAUUUACCCAGAGAUGCAGGUAUCUGGACCCAACGCCAAGCCCCAGCAACCCAUUUUUAUCAACAGGGGGCCAAAACGCCCUAAGAUCCUCCAGCGCGGAAGGCUUUAUCACCUCCAGACUGGCAAGUGUCUGGUGGCCCAGAGCCGCCCAAGUCAGAAGGGAGGCCUAGUGGUGCUGAAGGCCUGUGACUACAGUGACCCAAACCAGGUCUGGAUUUAUAAUGAAGAGCACGAAUUGGUUUUAAGCAAUCUCCUUUGCCUGGAUAUGUCGGAAACACGAUCAUCUGACCCCCCCCGACUGAUGAAGUGCCAUGGGUCGGGAGGGUCCCAGCAGUGGACCUUUGGGAAGAAUAAUCGGCUGUACCAGGUGUCAGUGGGACAGUGCCUGAAAGCGGUGGAUCCGCUGAGUCACAAAGGCUAUGUUGCUAUGGCGAUCUGUGACGGCUCCGCCUCUCAGCAGUGGCAUCUGGAAGGCUGA